AUGAGUUUUACAGAUUAUUUUAACAAUGAAAUAAAGAGUGAAUGGGAAGACUAUUAUGUUAAUUAUACUAAGUGUAGAACUGCUCCGAAAGUUUUAAGUGUUAAAGGAUGUGUUCAUUUGCUUGAAUCGGAAUUAAACAAAGCUAAUACUUAUUAUGUUUUGCUUACUGAAAAGGCAGCUAAAGAUGUUAAACAUCUCUACAAAUCUAUGAACCAAAUAACUGAUGCAGGGAAUUUAGAAGAUUUUAAGAUUAUCAUGGAAGGAUGUGUUAAGGGGAUACAUGAUGAAUACAAUAAAACUGAUACAGAUUUUAAUAUGAAAUUUCCUACUGACUGGUCUGAUGAGAUUGAUAGUGAUGCUGUUCUUAACCAGGGAUUUUCUACUUUAAAAUUCAUUAAAAAUAUUCCAAUGGCUACUUCUUACGCACUUGAAAAGAAGAAAAAAUUACUGUUUAUGAUUUUAGACACUCUAAUCAAUAUUUAUAAGUUUAAAGAUUUAAAUAUCCAGGCUAUUUACAAUGCUGCACAGAAGUGUAAAGACUUUUCUAAUGAUAGUGAAUACAUUGAUUAUUUCUUAGAGAAUCGUCUUUAUAAAAGUUACAUUUACACAGAAGGAAAUAUCCAAGAAUUAAAAGUUGCAGUUCAAGAGUUGUCUAAGAAAGUAUUUGACUUUUCUAAUACAAACAAGUUAUUUAAAAAAAUGAAAGAGGGUGUUAGAAGAACUGAUUAUAGAUCAUUGCUAGGUGGAUUGUUUCUUGGUUUUAAUUUACUUGCUGUUUAUUUUUAUAGUAAAGAAAUGAUAUCUAAUGAUUCUAGUAAUACUCCAAAAGCUAUUGAAUUUUUAGCUUUUAAUAUUUUCUUUGUAACUUUUAUACUUUUCUCUUUUCUAUUAGAUUUCUUUAAUCGUAAAAAGAUUAAUGACACACUUAUAUUUAAUUUUGAUAGAACUUCUAAUUUUACUAAUCAAAUACUCUUAUUAAGUAGUGUGUUAUGUCAAUCUAUUUAUUUGAUUGCUAAGUUUAACUGCUUUGAUAUUAGAAAGGAAACGUUAGCUAAUAAUUACACUGUGAAAAAUUUUGAGUUUAUUUAUUUCUUAGCUAUAUUUUGUUUAUUGCUUUUUCCUAUUGAUUUACUUUUUACUACUUCUAGAAGCUAUUUAGUUGGUGUUUUCACUAGGGCUUUUUUUACACCUUUUAUGAAGAUUUCUUUUAGACAUUUCUUUUUUAUUGAUAUGGCUCAAUCUCUUAAAUUUUCUAUUAAACAUUUAAUUGCUCAACCAAUUUCUCAUAUUGUUGAUCCUUCAAACAUAAAAAAGUGUACUGGUGUAAUUGUUUGUGUAUUUCCAAUUAUUAGAAUUAUUCAAUGUGUUACAAGAUACAGCUCUAGUAAAAUGAUCAAUCCUCACUUAUUUAAUGUGAUUAAGUAUUCAAUUAGUAUUGUAACUGAUAUUCUCACUAUCUUUUCAGAUAAAUUAAAAGGAAGUAGUGGUUUUUUAAAAAUAUUUAUGAAGGUUGUUAUAAAUAUUUUUCUAAUUACUAACUUUACUUUUGGUCUUGUUUGGGAUUUUGUAUUUGAUUUUAGAAUUAUUAGAACUAGAUAUUUAUUUUCAAGUAUUUUCUAUUCUGUCAUAAUGUCACUUGAUUUUAUUGCUAGAUUAUUCUCUCUUUUAAAUUGUUUUUGUCAUAAUGGAUCUUUAGCUGACUUUAGUAUUUUAAAAAAUUUUAACCACCCUUUUCUUAUUGAUUUUAUAUUGGCAUUAUUUGAAUUAGUAAGAAGAUUUGCUUGGACAAUGGUACGUUGUGAAGUUGAACAUUUAAAUAACUGUGACAAAUUGAAAGUUGAUAGAACUGUAUUACAAAAUAACCAAGAAUAUUUCUACAUAAGUGAUCCUGAUAAGAAAAAACAAAAGAAAACUGGUAAAAAAGAACCUGAUGAUGAUAAUAAAGAUAAUAAUAAACAACAAGAGAAUGUAAAUAAUCCUCCAAUUGAUGAAGAUUCUAGUUCUUCUAUUAAUACCCUUAAAUUGGAAAUUGCAUCCCAAGAGUCUGAAGAUUAA